CUCCCGCUUGAUUAUUAGCGAGCGCAAAUCGGGGACGCGUUUCAGUCGGUCUUUCAAGCGCGCGCUGCUCAAACGCAACGACAACGUAUCCGUCUCCAAAAAUAUAUUUGAAUAUUUUUGUUUUGUUUGUUUUUUUUCUUUCUAUUAUUUGUGUACUUUUCGGUUGAUGUGUGAUUGCCGGAGUCGGAGACAAUGAGGAGGAAUCUUGGCUGCCUUCUGGGCUUGGUUCUCAUGGCAUUUCUGCAUUCGGGGCAUGCCAUAGUAGGUGUCGGGGCAGGACGGGACCUGGUGCUGACGCCCAAGCAGGGCUUGCAGCUGACGGGCAAGCGUCUCUUCUACGAGGAGAAGGAUGCGUGCGAGGAUUUGCGUCCCUGGGAGCGCACCCUGAAGCAUGUCACCUAUGUGACACUCUUCACGGACGCCGCCAUGGGUGCAGCAGCCGGAAAUCUUAGGUAGGUCCUCCGCACAACAGACUUCUCCUCUGUUUGAUGAUGUUUCUCCUGUUCCUGUCCAUCGCAGCCAGCUGCACGGGUACCAUGACUUCCUGCAGACGCCCUUUAUUCCCGCCGAUCUACUGGCACAGUCGUCAACGGGUGCGGCGCAGGCUCCGUCCCGUUUUGGGGAUAUCAUCACCCUGGCCACGGGAUGGC